AUGUACGAGGUGCCGAAGAGGAGAUAUGCCGCGAUAGUCUUCUUUGUCGCCGUCUUUGUGAUUACCUUUGGAAUCUAUACCGACUCACUGCCGACGAUCCCGAAUUUAAGCAUCAUCAAAAACAUCCCGAGCCAGCUGGGGUCAUAUUCAGGUGAAUAUGAAGAGGAGAUCACGCAGAAGAAUGUCUCCAUUUUCGCGUUUAUCAUGACGUUUCCGGAUAAGCACACAACGAGGGCAAAAGCUGUGUCGGAGACCUGGGCCCGAAAACUUGACGACUACGUUUUCACAACAAUCAAAUCCGACGCCAAUUUAACCCAUAAAAACUGGGAAAUAGGCUUCGAAGACGCGAAUCACAAGCGAACGGAUCGACAUUGGUUGUGGGACCGGAUACGGGCCGGGUUCAGGCGGAUGUACAAGGAGAAAUGGCUUCUGGCCCAAUACAACCCUGAAGAGCCAUGGUAUCUGGGCGAGACCGUAAGCGCCGGCUCCUUUUACCCCAGCGGUGGCACUGGAUAUAUUUUAUCAAAAGCCGCCUUGAAAAAGUUUGUCGACGAGCUGAACUCGCCGAACACGCACUGCCAACGGAAUUCAGACCAAAUGGAAGACAUCCAUGUUGGCCACUGCUUCACGCAUCUGAACCUGUCCUUGAUACCCUCAGUCAAUGAGAAGCAGGAGCAUACGCUAAUCCCAAUCAACCUGAAAAAUAUCAUGAUCCCGGAGGAGAAGCGGAACAACUUUGCAAAUUGGUACAUCUCGGCGUCAAAGAUUCCGGUGAAACAGGGCCCGGAAUGUUGCGGUCCGAAGUUGAUGGCCGUGCACUAUACAAGUUGGGAGGAGAUGUACAUCUAUGAUUAUUUGCUGUACAAAGUGAAGGAUGGACUCUAUCAACCAUACAUUAAGGAUGGAAAGAAGAUUACCGAAAUUGCAAGGUUUAACCCAGUCGAAGUGUUCUUCGCCGGCUUCAUCCCCCCGGUCGUCGGCUCGGUUUCAGCCAUCGCAAUUGCCCUCAUAUUCCACAAUGACGAGAUUUCAAACUACAACUGGCAGUGCGGGCGAGCCCGUCUUCCCUCAUUGUCCAGAAUCAUCAACCUGCCAGUCGAGAGGACGUUUUGGCAGCUGUUUCUCCUUUUUCACGUGCCACUCCGCGUUGUUGAAUUGAUUACGGGAUUCAAUCGCUACGACCGACUACGAAAUAUCCACUAUCCACGCGUGUGGUUCUACGAGCUGAUGCGGUACACGUACCUUUAUGGCGGGCUGGUCGAGCUGCUCUUCCUCUCUGGGCUGUCGAUUAUUGGAGAACGAGAGAAUAUACGAAUGCACGUAAUCUUCUUCUACGUGUUCGGCAUCUGCGGUAUCGUGUUUAUGAUAGCGAACAUCAUGUGCCACAAGCAUUCGCUCUACUACCUCAAUCCAUAUGGUCCGCUCUCCUACCGGCUGAAGAUCCUCUUCUGCUCAUUGUACAUCAUCUCGGUGCCCGUGCUCAUCGGCUCGUUUGUGCUGUACUGGAAAUUCUGCAUCACGUGGGCUUAUGACGUGUUCGCCAUCUGCGAGUACUCCGGUGUGUUCCUCAACAUCAUGUAUCACGGCUGCGCAUUUUUCGAUAUUCGGCACAAGGUGACGUUCACCGUGCGACUUGUUGAAGACGCGUCAAAACAACGAGAACACCGUCCACCCCCGGAGCCCUUCGUGGUCGAUGAACACAUUGAUGAUGACACAGACAGCACCCCGUCCUACGAGAUGAUCGUCACCAAGGACCCGAAUGGCAACGAAGCACGUCGUGUGGAUAAGGGU